GCAUCAGGCCCCCAGCUGUGUAAAUUCCUCCGCUUCCUGUCUUUCGGCCUCAUUAGCUCGGUGAGGCGGCAGUGGCGGCGGCGACUCCUCUCUCAACCUCACACCGCGACCAGCGCUCAGGCCCCGUGACCGACACACCGCGGAGACCCUGAAAGAUGCCCUCAGCCACAAGCAGCAAGGCUGUGCCGGGCUCCGGCGAGGCAGCGGCGACUGGUACUGGAAGCAUACAGAGUGAGGCCAUGAAACAGAUCCUGGUGGUCCUUGACAAGAAAAUCCGUAACCUUGAAAAGAAGAAGGGCAAGUUGGAUGACUACCAGGACCGAAUGAGCAAAGGAGAGCGGCUGAAUCAGGACCAACUGGAUGCGGUGGCGAAAUAUCAAGAGGUUGUAACAAACAUGGAAUUUGCUCGUGAACUUCAAAGAAGUUUCAUGUCUUUGGGACAAGAUAUCCAGAAAACGAUCAGAAAGACGGCUCGUCGUGAACAGCUCAUGCGUGAAGAAGCGGAACAGAAACGUUUAAGAACGGUGCUAGAGCUCAAGUACAUAUUGGAUAAGCUCGGAGACGAGGAGGUCCGCAAUGACCUGAAGCAAGGUUUAAAUGGCGUUCCUGUGUUGUCUGAAGAAGAACUUACUGUCUUGGAUGAGUUCUACAAACUGGUGGAACCGGAUCGGGACCCAGCCAUGAGGUUGAGUGAGCAGUACGAACCGGCUUCCAUUCACCUGUGGGAUGCCCUCGAAGGGAAAGACAAGACUGUUUGUGGAACCACAUAUAAAGCCCUGCAUGAACUGCUGGAUCGUAUCCUUCAGAGCGGAUAUUUUGAUACCCCCCAUAAUCACCAGAAUGGGCUCUGUGAGGAGGAGGAAGCCCUUGCAGUGCCGCCUGCAGAAGAACAGGCACCCGAGCUCGAACCUGUAGAAGCUGUGGAGGAAUAUGCUGAGCCCACUGAAGUAGAGUCCACUGAGUUUGUGAACAGACAGUUCAUGGCAGAAACCCAGUUCACCAGUGAGAAGGAACAAGUGGAUGACUGGACAGUAGAAACUGUUGAAGUUGUGAACUCGCUCCAGCAACAGCAGGCGGCAUCCCCUCCAAAUCCUGAGCCCCUUCAGUUAAGUGCUAUUCCUCAAAUUCAGCCUGACCCCGUGGUCCGAAGGCAGAAGGUUCAGGAUCUGAUGGCUCAAAUGCAAGGUCCAUACAAUUUCAUGCAGGACUCUAUGUUGGACUUUGACAACCAACCGAUUGACCCAGCCAUUGUGUCUGCACAACCCAUGAAUCCAGCUCAAAGCCUGGAGCUGCCACAGAUGGUUUGUCAGCCAGUUCACUCUGAGCCCAGGCUAUCUCAGCCCAGCCAAGGUCCUGAUAGCACACAGGUUCCAAUGGUAUCUUCCACUAGUGAAGGCUAUGCUGGCUCUGCACAGAUGUACCAAACGUCUCAUCCCUCAGAACAGAGGUCCCAAAAAGACGCCAUGGAGCAAAUUCAGGCAUCUCUAAACUUAAGUACAGAUCCAACACAGACUUCCUCGUCGCUUCCUGCUGCUUCCCAACCUCAGGUGUUUCAGACUGGGUCCAACAAGCCGCUGCAUAGCAGUGGCAUCAAUGUGAAUGCUGCGCCAUUCCAGUCCAUGCAGACCGUAUUUAAUAUGAAUGCACCUGUCCCUCCUGUGAACGAGGCAGAAACGCUUAAGCAGAACCAGUACCAAGCCAGCUACAAUCCGUCUUUCCCUGGGCAGCCUCUUCAAGUGGAACAAUCUGAACUUCAGCAAGAGCAGCUACAAACAGUGGUAAACCCUUACCAUGCAGCACCGGACCAGUCACACCAAGCUUCUGCCGGGCACCAGCAGACACAACAGCAGAAUGCCGGAUUUCCUCGCAACGGCCAACCUUUCUACAACAACCGAGGGAUGCCCCGUGGUGGACAGCGUGGUGGCAGGGGCUUAAUGAACGGCUACAGAGGACCAUCCAAUGGCUUCAGAGGAGGUUAUGAUGGCUACCGCCCUGCCUUCUCAAACACUCCAAACAGCGGUUAUUCACAGCCACAGUUCAGCGCUCCCCGGGAUUAUACCAACAACUACCAACGGGAUGGCUACCAACAAAACUUUAAGCGUGGCGCUGGACAAGGAGGUCCUCGGGGUGCCCCUCGAGGUCGCGGAGGGCCCCCAAGACCUAGCGGAGGGAUGCCACAAAUGACCAGUCCACCAGUCAAUUAACCCAUUGGAAAGAAGCCUUGCACACCAGCUGGUGUCUGUAAUAAGAAGUUAGCUUUUUUUUAUUCCCCCUUCCAUUCCCUAAAUCCUUGCCAGGAAAUCUCAGUGAUAAGGGGACUGUCUUAUUGUUGGAUUGAUACGAGACUACGUUUUGUCAGAUUUCUAUUAACUAGAUAUGCAAACACCUUUUUGAAUCCAUAUGCUGCAUGAUCUUCCGGUACUUCGGUGAAGGGUCCAGCGGCUGCUUCUGGCUCUGAAGGACAUGUUCCCUGCUGAUCUACAUCUUGGUAACACAACCACUCUGGGUCAUGAGAUGGGGGAGUCCAGUGUCCUCCUCCUGAUGCCCUCAGAUCUGUCCAUUGCCGCAAGGUCUCAUGUUUAGCUCCUGACUUGUAUCAUCCAGUCUGUUCGGGCAGGUUAGAGACCUUGUGUUCCAUCUGUCAGUUCAACACAUGAAAAGGUUUAGGUUCGAAUUUUUCAUUUUCCAGUUUGCAAUUUUGGGCAGUACAAGAACGCCGGGGGCUUGUGAUCUCGCUUCUGUUUUCUGUUGUCAUUGUUAAGGCCAAGAAGCUUUUGCUGUAACCUCAGAUGGGCAUCGGCUCCUCAUCCGAGAUGCCACUCGAACCUGCCAUCUGUGGUUCGUUCCUUCUCUGUGCAGGAGACUGGCUAGCCCGGCAAAUGAUGGAACGGUUGUUUUAAAAGGCAAAUAAAGACACCUUUUAUAAAAAAAAU